AUGACGAAUGUAAUUGAUGUAAACGAGCCUAAGGUUGGAAUGAUGUUCGAAAGUUAUAAACAGUUGCUUGAGUAUUACACGGGCUAUGGUAAGCGGUUAGGGUUCCCAGUGAAGAUAAGAUUAUCAACAAAAGGGGAUGAUGGUGAGUUGAAAUAUGUGACUAUUGCUUAUUCUCGAUCAGGCAAGUCAAAGUCCACUUCCAAAAAUCCAUUGAAGCCGCAUCCCAAGCAUAAAAAUUGCCGACGGAGUGAAAGUGAUGCCAUUGGGCUUGUUGAUGGUCAACCCAUGAGUGAAGCGAUUGAUGUACUUGGAACACAAGAAAAUAUUGGGAUAACAAACAAUUUGGCCUUGCUAUGGGGGGUCACACAAAGAGUUCUUGGAAAUCAUUUCAUGGAUAUGCACCCUGUGCCUUGUUCUAGCUCAAAAGAAAUAGUAGAUAUUUCAGAGUUGUCAAUUACGUCUUCAACGUCAACAUCUACUGGCAGGUACAGAAAAGAGGAAGAUCGUCUAGUUUUGCAAGAGGAAGAUUAUAGUGUUUUGUGUCCACUUCGUGUUACCCAAUCCAUCUGA